CGCUCUUGCCCGGUUGAUACAUUGGUCGGGCGACACGAUAACAUGCGACAUAUCAAGUGCUCCGCGCUGCAACCAGUGCAAUUGACGAGCUUGGGACGAACAACACCUCUUCAACCCUCGUCUCCAUCGUGAUCUCAACACGCAGCGAAAAAGAAGUCUCAUUACACCGAGACAAACAGUGUCCAACCUCUGUCCUCAUGCCGGGCCCAACGGCAACAUCAGCUGCGGAGGCCACAAGUCUGGAGGCCGCGGCCGAGAAAGGAAUGAUGUCUGAAAAGACCACUACUCAGCCAGAAGCAGUAGACCAGCUUAGGGGCUUCGGUACCGGCGAGCUCGAAAAUCACGGCCCUCGGUGGUUGCAAACUGUCCAGCAUUACUCGAACCUCCUGGACCAGAAGCUGCACAUUGAAAGCCGUGGGAUUGAGCGUGUCUUGCCGACGGAACGCGAUGAAAACUUGAACUAUCUCGAUAUGAUGUUCUUGUGGUUCUCCUGCUCCGCAGUCAUCUCUACCGUCGCAACUGGCCUCUUGGCUGGUCCCUCAUGGCUGGGGCUCAGUGUGACAAACGGAUUUCUAGCAGUACUUUUUGGCACCGGCUUGGGAGCCGCCUGCGCCGCUUACAUGGGUACUUUUGGUCCACGUCUUGGUCUGCGGCAGAUCCUUCUGGCUCGAUUCUCCUUUGGCUGGUACGGGGGUAAGCUUGUCGCACUCGUCAACGCCAUUACCGAGCUCGGUUGGUGCCUGGUGGGUGUUGUUAUCGGCGGCCAAAUCCUCAACUACAUCUCCGGAGGCUCCUGCCCAACAUGGGUGGGAAUCAUCAUCCUAUCAGUCCUUUCCUUCGUUGUGGCAGGUUUCGGGUACAGCCUCGUCCAUUUCUACGAGAGGUAUGCCUUCAUUCCUGGUUUCAUUGCUACGAUCAUCCUUUGUGCUAUCGCAUCGAGGCACUUCGACUCCGGAGCACCGAAUCUAUAUCACGGCGCCACGUUUUCGGGGAACUUCCUGACUAUGAUCACCAUCUGCUUUGGCUCAGCAUCGGGAUUCUUGCCAAUUGCAUCUGAUUACUACAUCACCUACCCAGCUACAACUCCACGCUGGAAGACCUUCUCGUUGACGUGGGUCGGCAUCGUCGUCCCUAUGGUUUUCUUUCAAUCAGUUGGCCUUGCCAUUGGUGGUGCUCUGGGAAGCACUCCAGAAUGGAUGGAUGUCUACUACAACGAAGGAUAUGGUGCCCUGAUCGGCACUGCUCUGAAACCUGUUCAUGGCUUUGGCACCUUUUUGAUGGUCGUAUUCUUCCUAGGUCUUAUCGGCAAUAAUAUUCCCAACACAUACUCGGCCGGCCUGUCCAUUCAGGCACUCACGACCUAUUUUGCGGUCAUUCCCAGACUGUUCUGGACCUCGAUCGGCGUGCUUAUCUAUGCGAUCUGCGGCAUCGCAGGACGGGGCCAUCUGAUGACCAUCAUCAGCAAUUUUCUGAGCGUCAUUGGAUACUGGACAAGUGCCUUGUUCAUGAUUGUCCUACAGGAAGACCUCAUCUUCCGCCGAAAGAGUGGUUACGCUGUCGAGGUGUACGCCGACAAGUCCAGACUCCCAUGGGGUGCCGCCGCUGUUUUCAGUUUUCUGCUGGGCAUCGUCGGGGCCGUUCUAGGCAUGAACCAAACCUGGUAUGUCGGCGUCGUUGCACGUCGGAUUGGAGACAUGGGCGGUGAAAUGGGUGUUAUUUUGGCAUUUGCUUUUACCGGCUUGUCGUAUCCGCCUCUACGCUGGCUGGAGAGGCGAUAUAGUGGCAAAUAG